AUGCGCCAUCAUGCGUGUAUGAUCACAGGACGAUCGCCAGUCAUCAAUCGGUGAUCUGUCAUUCUAUCGUUAUAUGCCUUAUUUUUAACUUAAUUUCUCAUAUAACUUAAAGGAUAUCGAGUUAGUUUUUUUUACGUUUGUUGUUUGGUCGAAAACAAAUACCUUAAAUUAUUGAAAGUGAUUGAUAAUUAACGAAAAAAAAAAAAAAUAAGGUUAUAGCAAAGUGAGUGUGAAUAUCUAUCUGUUCAAAGCUACAGAUCUUGCCAUGACGACGGAAGAACAGUUUCAGGCGGCUGUUAAUGUGAUCAGGAAUUUACCAAAGAAUGGUGCAUAUCAACCUAGCAAUGAAAUCAUGCUGCGUUUUUAUGCAUAUUACAAACAAGCAAUGGAAGGACCAUGUCAACAACCAAAACCAGCUUUCUGGGAAGUGGUUAAAAAAGCAAAAUGGGAAGCUUGGACACGAUUGGGCAACAUGAGCAAAACAGAAGCUAUGAAUAAUUAUGUAGAAGAAUUAAAAAAGAUUGUAGAAACAAUGUCUUAUACAGACAAAGUAGCUAAUUUUCUAGACAGUCUAGAUUCAUUUUGUGAAAGUGUUCCACCUGAAGAUUUAGAAUUACUUCUUGGUCCUGUAUUGGAACGUAUGCGUUCACAACCUGGAAUGCCAUUAUCUGGUUCUCCCUUAGCAUCAAGAGAGACAUCACCACAUAGAAUUUGCAAUAUUACUCGGCAUAUUGCAAGUAGUUUAGAAACAAGCCCAGCUACUAGCCAUAGUGCAAGUCCACCAGAUACUGAUGGUGAAGACGAAUUUAUAGAUACUGUUGAAUCAGCUCCAGAACGAAUACAAAAAGACACAACAAAAACAAUUAAUAUUACCCAGAAGAUGAUUAAUAGCUUAAAUAGUCUUGCUGAUAAAAGUACUGACUUAAUUAUUCAAAAAGAGAACUCUUCAGAAUUAAUUAAUGGAUAUGCAAAUGGAUAUACAGAAUCAGUAACAGAAAAUAAACAAGAAAGAAAUAAACAGCAUAUUAAAAAAGAUGAAAAAUACACUGAUGAAUUUUUCAAUCAAAUAGCUACAACUAUGCAGAACUUGCAAAGAGAUUUAGAUAGAAUAACAGCUCGAGUGCGCAGUUUAGAGGGUCAAACAUUACAAGCAUUGGCACCAUCAAUACAGUCUACAGCAACUUCAUACCCAAAAUGGUGGCCUUUACCAGAAUGUUCACCGCGAUUAUUUACUGUUUUAAUCCUAUGGCCGUUCAUAGCGCAAUUUUUGAUUUCUUUAACACAACGUUAUCAUCAGCGGAGGCUGUGAUUUAAACUUUAUUCUUGAUUUUAUUCAAAGUAUAUUCUACUAUUUGCUAUUAGAUGAUGGAUUCAAAUCAGUAUUGAAUUCAAAUAAUAUAGACAUUUUUUAAUAUGAUUCAAGUAAAUUUAACCGCAUAUAUGGCCAAAACUACGAUGUGAUUCUUGAUUGAUAUAAAUUAAAUUGAUCAAAAAGUAAUUAGUUGAACAAAAAUUUUUAACAUUUGUUCUAUCGAUUGUUUACAUAUAAAUAUAUGUACAGUGAUUAUACAUGAAACUUUAUUUAUUUUAAGUAUAAGAAAAUUUGAGAGUUUGAUUACUCUCUGUAUGUUUAUAUAUUAAAAAAUCAGUGGAUAUAUAUGUGUGUAUGUAUGUGUACACACACACACACACA